AUGGUCGGCACCUCGUCCACCCAAUCCAGCCGCACUAGUCCUGGCUCUUAUAGCACAAGCACUACACAGCGCGCUCAGUCGGUGUCUUCCAGCUCCUCGUCCCCCCAAUCCUUGUCGCAAGGACCGUCUGCGGCGCAUAAUGCGAUGUCGACCGACGUCUACAAUCCCGCUGUCUCUCAACCACCAACAUCUUUGAGCUCUUCUUUCUCCUACCCUUUUUCUCCCAUCGGUCCGCCCUCGUCCUUCGACGGCCUCGGCGCAAACACAAUGCGCCUAGGCGAUGCCGAUCUUUCGCCCCCUAUGAACGGCUUUCACCGACCUCCUCCCGCCAACAAUGGCGCCGCUAUUCUCAUGCGUAAAUUGCCCAAGAACACCAGCCGCGAUGCGCUGCGCUCCAUGCUUCUGUUCGCCAAAGACUUUGUGGACGCCGAUUUCAUUCCGUCCGAUAUGCCAGAAGACGCCAACUUUUUCUGUGCGAUCGCGCGAUUCAAUACCGUCGCCGCCGCCGAAGAAGCUCGCGCCUUACUUGAUGGUAAGCCAAACACCAGCAACGACGCCAACAUGAUUGUCGAGAUGUACGCCGGUCCCCUGCCCAACCGUCGCAACACCAUCGACCACACCUCCGCCCGAGGCCUGUCCGGUCCGACCGCUCGUCAGUCAUCUCGCUUCAACGGCACCUUUCAGACCUUGUCAAACGGCAUCUCGCAACAACCCAAUGCCAACGAAGCCCUUCCGGCUCCUGACUCCAACUCCCGCAUGAACAGCCUCUUUUCUCCUCAGUCCCCACUCGGAAAUGGACUCGGAGAAUUGCCUCGUGUGAGCGGGAAGUCGGUCAUUGACCAAGAUCUCGAUGAGGACACUGGCGAAUUGCUCAAGGACCCUGUCGGCUACGCACAGAACGGACACUCAGCCAUGCCUCUGCAACAGCGGCGAUCAACCAAUCCUCAGAUCCCGACCGGCCGUUUCGCUGGUCUAUCUCUCGCCACCAAUGUAUCCUCGCCGCCUCUGCAAGGCUACUCCAACGGCAACGGAGGCCGUAUGAAUGUACCCACUCCGUCCACCGGAAUCCCACCAAACAUGGCCGGCAACACUGGCUUUCAUUUCCCCAACCAGCAUAAUCCCCGCCAUAGCUUACCGGCAGCGAAUCCAAACGACUUGAAUCCUCCAUGCAAUACUCUUUACGUUGGCAACCUACCCGCCGACACUCAAGAGGAAGAACUCAAGGCUCUCUUUUCCAAACAGAGAGGCUACAAGCGUCUGUGCUUCCGCAACAAGCAGAAUGGCCCCAUGUGUUUCGUCGAGUUUGACGAGGUGGCAAUGGCUAGUAAAGCUCUGAACGAUUUGUAUGGAUACAAGCUCUCCAACAGCGUCAAGACCGGCAUCCGUCUCAGUUUCUCCAAGAACCCUCUAGGCGUUCGCAGUGGACAACCCGGCAGCAGUGUCAACCCUGCCACCCCUCUCAGCCCACAAACGCCAAUCCAUGGUGCCAGUGGCAUCAACUCGAUGUCCAACCCGAUGUUCUCUACUGCCAACGGUCCUCCACCCGGUUUGUCGGCCCCCCCUGGUCUCGCUCUUCCUAUGGGGAUCAGGAAUGGCUCCAUUCCACCAAACCAAAACCCCCACCCUCCCAUGACCAACGGGGCUUCUUUCAACGGCAACAACGGUCUUGGGAUUCGAGCUAAUGGUAUGAAUCCCAUUGGCUCCAAUUCUCUAAAUGGAGGUUUGCCUGGCGGUGCCCCAAGUGCCGGCAUGGGGGCUUUCGGCAAUGUCUAUCCUGACUAUAUGAUGGGCCGGUGA